CUUUUUGACGAGAUUGGAAGCCUCUUCAAUGCCUUUCAAUAUACCCAAUCUAUUAGAAGGCAAGCUUCUAACAGGUGUCUUGCCUCCAGACAAACAACCACCUCUACAAUAUUUUCUACCGCACUAUAAUACACCGAUCCUUUCUGACAUCGAAUCCUGCAUCGAUGAUCCAGCGCUGGCGCCACUCGGUCUCCAUAUAAGAAAAACAAAGAGGCAUCAUAAAAUGAAAAAGAAAUACAAGGACCCUCUUAUCGACUACAGUCAAGUCUAUCGUGAAAACAGUGCACCAUGUCCUGCGAACUCUUUGUUUUUUUCACUCGCUUCGGCUGUAGCAGGAGGGAGCGGUCUACUGAUGUUACGACGAAGAGCACUGACGACACAUCAGCUCGAAGAAGAACUCAAGAACCUUAUUCUACCCUUUACCUCUUAUUUGGAGAAACCGUUAAAUUCAGUUCAAAAUUCAAUAGUCGAGCUGGACAUUUCAAGGAAUCAACUCACCGACAUUCCCAAACAAGUGGCUCAUUUCACCCAUCUUCGCAUCCUCAACGCUUCGUCGAAUCAGUUGGCCACAUGGCCGCACGAAGCGCUGUCUUCCUUGACACAAUUGGAAGUACUGAUCCUGUCGCAAAAUCAAAUCAAAGAGAUACCCGAGGAUAUCCCUCAACGCUUACCCAACCUUGUUACUUUUCGUAUCGCUGCUAAUUCAGUCGAAAAAUUUCCUGAUAGAUUAGAUUAUUGGAAACAUAUGCGUCAUUUACAAUUAGGUUCUGUUUAUGGUGGCAAUAGGCUGACCCACAUACCCGAUCGUAUCGCAGACAUGCCCGUGCUAGAAGAGCUCGAUGUAUCUUAUAACCAACUCCGAUAUCUACCACAUGAUUUCCAUAUCCCCACCUUGAAAAUACUGAAUGCCUCCCACAACCAGCUCGACUUUAUACCCAAAUCCAUCACUCAAUGCUCCCAUUUAAAAUCCCUCAACCUCUCCAACAACCAUUUGAUGAGUUUACCCGCCGAUUUAGUGUCCCUCAAGCAUUUGGAAUUACUGGAUAUCAGUGAAAACCUGCUUUGCAUCAUGCCUGCCGAAAUAUUGGAAAGAAUGCAGUCUUCCAAUAUCUUGAUUACAGGAAACCCCCUCACAAGACCUGGCCAUUGUGAUCAAAAAGUCCCAGGCCAAAAUGCCUAUGCUCAAGUCUUGAAGCGCAUGAUGAAACUGGGUUUACCCCGGUCGUCCUCCUCUUCCGCCCUCUUGUCCUCUUCUUCUCCCACCACCGCUGUAUUUCACCAGGAAGACCCCUGCGGUCCCAAAGGCACUGGAUGUUUACGCUCCCUUCGUUCCGAUAGCGAGGAGAGUACCGGUUCAUUGUCAUCGAUGUUAUCCAAUGGAGUCGAUUCGCCUCCAUCGAUCGGUUCGCUACCACCCACACCCCCCUCGUCAGAAUGUGAUGCUCCCUCCUAUGACGCUCCACUCCUUCCUCAUGUCUCUGUUCAAGACAUACCUCCUCCCUCCUCUUAUCCUUUACUCUCUCCUCAUUUGUAUCAAGACGAAGAUGCAUCCAUUGACCACGAACUCUCCUAUCAUGCACGAAAAUUAAAUAUCGACGGAUCGCGACCUGCACCUCAACCCUCCUAUUAUGGAAGAAAAGAAUUCUUUGGCAUGAUCGAACAAGAACAAGAACAAGAAGAAGAAGAAGCAUCAUCACGAGACCCACCCCAUAGCCAUCUAUCGAACCAUGACCUUCUUCGACUCUCCCGUUCUUCCAUCCUUGCUGAUUCCAGUCAUUUGACCUCGGAUUACUGUUAUGUUUUGGAUCCAUCGGCAGCAUCGACCACUCACAACAACAGAAAGCAGAUCGAGCAGCCCACCCUACCGAAAGAAACCAAUUUAUUCCAUUCAUUGCGAGAACUAGCGACCAGGACUGUUUUACAACAGGGUAUCGAUGUGCUGCCCUCGAUCGAUGUCUUGCCUGUCCAUUUAGCCAAAGAUAUUGUCACGGGCAGAACCAAAUGUCGCUAUUGCUCCUGUUGCCAAGGACCCUUUGUCAAUGAAUGGGUCACCUCGGUUCAAAUCAAGAGUUUUGGAGGCCAUCCAGCCGUCGUGCGAAGAGUGCGCUUUUGCUCUACCAAAUGUUGGGUCAAAUGCUUACCGAAAGAAGACGCCAAAUCCGUCGUCUGUGUCCAUCAUUAAAGCACAAGAUACACCCACCCCCCUUUUUUUCUUAUUUAUUCUUAUACUGUAUAUCAAUACUCUUAUUAUUCCAAUUAUUUUACCAAAUAAAUUCAAAUCUUUCUAUCCACC